CUGACCAAACAGAAGAUAGUGACGGACACUCAACUGUUUAAAUAUAUGUGGCAUUUCCUCUCACUGGUAUAGACUCAAAUUCCUUAGACAUUUCCAGAGAUUUAUCAAAACUAUAAUGGAUAUAAAAUUAAUCCUGAUAUUAAUUCUCACAAGCUUCCCUGAAGGUUAUUCCGCUGCUACCGAAAUCACAUUUCUAUCAAAUGUGGCCGAGGUAUGUGGAUCACGGAACUCCGUGUUACUUCCACAAGGAUGUGAUUUUAGUAAUACGGAACAGUUUUGCAGCUACAGUCACAAGCCUGAUGGAGUGUGGUUGAUACAUGACGGGCAGUAUCCCUCUGGAUUCGCAGUAAACAAAAUACAACAAUCACCUAACGGAACGUAUGCUGUGUCAAAUUUUAACUCGUUGGGAAAUAACAAGGAUGCAUACCUUCAGUCCCCACAGAUAGAAAGUGGAUUGGUUUGUGUAGAGUUUAGCUACAGUCUGCAGAGUUUUCAGUCUAAUGUUGUUGUCAACGCAGAUAACACAACAAUAUGGAAUUCACCUGAAUAUUCGUCUCGAGAGAAAGGAUGGCAUACCAUCGUUCUUGCUGUCAACAGUUCAGAUCCAUUUCAGCUACAAUUCAAAACAAAAAGAUUAAAUAUACUUGCAACUGUGGGUAUAGACGCCGUGAAGCUAUGGAAGGCCCACAUUCCAACUACUGUUGCUCCUACAACAACGACAUUAGCGUUCGAACAGGCUAGCUUCCAAACGAUAAACGGAAUUUCUAUGGAAAAAAUUCUCAACGCUGACCACUUUUGCAGAAGCUACGUUGGUAAACGCUUUGGAUCUACUGCCCCAUCAAGCCUUAUAACCAAUGUACCAGAAGGAGAGAUUUGUAUAGAAUUUCUAUACUAUUUGGCAACAAGUCUCUCAAACAUUCGGGUAGUUGUGUCCUCACAAUCUGACAGUGAGGAUAUUUGGAACACAGCAGGCGGACAAAUUGGCGUCUGGAAUUCAGCUAUAGUUGGAGUAAAAAGCUCUAGUUCUUUCAAAGUAAGAAAUUAG